AUGCAAUAUUCUAGUCAGACUACAACUGCUGUGGUGACUGGGAACAGUGAGGGUGCCUCCCGAAAAAGCUCUUUCGUGGCGGGUCACACGAAUUCAGGACCUGUGAAUGCCCCUCAGCGGUUGAUCUCUGAGGCUUCAUCUUCGCAUCAAGUUGGUGGGCUGACAAUGAUGGGAGGUGGUAUGCAGCAGAUGAGUCAGCAGAUGAGUCAGCAGCAGCAGAUGAGUCAGCAGCAGCAGCAGCAGAUGACGAGUACCAGUGCAUCACAGUCUUACGUGGCUCAGGCGACGGGUAUGAGUAUGCAACAGGAAGACUUGUACUAUCAAGGUAUGAAGGUGAUUGGCGAGCAAGUGAUUGAACACGAGAUUACGCAGCCGGUGCGGAAGCUAGUUGAGCGCAUCGUGGAAAAGGUGGUCGUUGUCCCCGAGAAGAUCCAGCAAGAGGAGAUGAUUGAAGAGAAGAAGCUUGUUAGGGAGCGUAUUGUGCAGGUCGCACAGCCCGUUGAGAAGCCGGUGUAUGUGGAUGACAUCCAAGUUGUAACGCGUGACAAGAUCGUUGAAGUGCCGCAGGUUGUGCCCAAGGAGGUCGUGGUGUACAAGGACGUGUGGAGCACCCAGGAAGUAGUCAAGGAAGUGCCCGUGUUCGUGGACCGUGAGAAGGAAGUAGAGUACGAGGUUGUUCAAUAUAAAGAAAUCCCAGUACCUAAGACCGUUGAGGUACCCGAAGUACGGAUCGUGGAGAAGAUCAUUGAGAAGCCAGUACCCCGAUAUGUAGAAGUGGAAGUCCCAGAGUUUAAAGAAGUGGAAGUUGUUCAACAAAUCCAUCGCACUGUCCCUGUUCCAAUGGAACAUACCAUCAAUCAAACCUUCAAGCUGCCCGCACUGCAGGCCGAAUACGAGGAAGUUCCCUUCCCCGUUUUCGUACCCUCUUUCACAGAAGUACCCCUCCCCGCAGAAUACCUCACCGAUCAAGCCAUUAUGCAGACUCAGCAAAUGCGAGAACGCGUCGCCAUGGCCGCAUCCGGCGCAAUUCCAUCACUAUGCGUAAUAGAAAACCUCGGCCAGGAGGCCCGACAGAUGCAACCCGACAUGGUUAACGACCCGGACGUACUUCAACAGCGCAUGGCCGCCAAACUCAACAUGCCCUAG